GUGCAUCUUCUUACAAGCACGAUACUUGUACCCGUGGAGCUCAAUACCAUGCAAGAAACAUAUCUGAAACUCGCACACACAAUUAUCGAAUGCGCCCACACAAAUCCACGUCAUCGAACACUCAUUGGUAUCGCAGGUCCACCUGGAUCAGGCAAAACAACAAUCGCAACCGAAACAGUCAAAUUAAUCAAUGAACAAAGCACAUCCAUCUCCACAGACGCACAGGACGCUCUGGAAACAGAGCUUCCGGUUCGUGCAAUAUCCAUCGGCUUGGAUGGUUUCCACCUCCCACGUUCAGCUCUCGACCAAAUGCCGAACAAGGAAGAAGCACAUCGUCGUCGCGGUGCACCCUGGACAUUCGAUGCUGCCGGCGCCCUUGCUUUCGUUCAGAGACUCCGGGCCUGGGCAGACACGGAAGUUGACACGACGUAUGUGGACAGUCAAGACGAGGUACCUAUAUUCGCUCCAUCAUUCGACCACGCCGCAAAAGACCCCGUCGAGGAUGGAAUAUCGAUACCCACAAGCACAAACAUAGUUAUCAUCGAGGGUAUAUACGUUCUUCUGGAUGAACCCAUAUGGCGUGGAAUAGGACCUUUGAUGGACCUCCGAGUAUUUGUCGAUGUGGACGAGGACGUUGCACGAACACGUGUUGCUCAACGACAUGUGGCCGCGGGUAUCGAGAAGACGAUCGGGGAUGCAUUUGCAAGGGUCGACAGCAAUGACACGCUGAAUGGAAGGCUGAUCAAGGAGAAUAUAGUACCCGGUGUCGAUGUACGAAUUCGUAGCUUCGAUAUAUAAUGCAUCAUCUCCCUAUCUCAUCGGAUAUUUGGUACUGGAACCUCAUCUUUUGUAGCUACACUAGAAGCGCAACUCUG